GGAAGUUAAUGGAGCAACAGGGAGAGGAGAAGAUGAAGCAGAAGGUGAUGGUGGCAUUUAAUGAGAGCGAGCUUAGCCAGUACGCACUCGAAUGGACCCUCAAAAAUCUUGGCAGCGCCAUUCACAAUUCUGAGCUACUCGUCUUCACUGCACAACCAGUUACAAUUGAUUUUGGUUACACAGCCAUCGAUGAAUUUUGUUUCACUCCUGAGUUGAUAGCAGCUAUACAAGAAAACUACAAGAAGGUGGCAUUGAAUUUGCUGCACAAAGCUAAAACAAUCUGCGCCAACUAUGGGAUCACUGCAAGGACAGUAACAGAGAUUGGUGAUCCUAAGAAGGCAAUAUGUGAAGCAGUAGAAAAAUUAAACAUCGAUUUACUAGUAUUAGGCAGUCAUGGCCGAGGCAUUGUUCAAAGGGCUUUCCUGGGAAGCGUCAGCAAUUACUGUGUUCAUAAUGCGGGAUGUACUGUUCUUGUUGUGAGGAAACCAAUCUGAAUAUUUCGUGUUGUGUAUGGUAUAUAGUAUGAUUAAUCAGCAGUGUGUCUCACACUUACUAGUCUGUAAAGUCUUAAUACUCUGGUGGGAGUCUGGAGCAGGUACUAUAUUCUGAAAUAAAAGGUUGCAUGUUGUUGAUAUGCUUCUUGGUGUCACUGAAAUUCAGGAAUGAAUAGAACUUUUUGUUGAAGU